CAGAUGUGUGACUGUGCGGCUAACAUUAGCCGCUAACACACACACAUACACACACACAGCUGCUGAACACACCGCGCAUCGGCUCAGAUCGCUCUUCAACACUCAUCAGCGGCGUCAGAUCAGACUAGAUUGGCUUCGGCUGGAUCUCAGCACAGACCUGAGUGAAGAUGAUCAAGCUUUUCUCGCUGAAGCAGCAGAAGAAGGACGAGGAGUCCGCGGGAGGAACGAGAGCCGGAGCCGGCGGGAAGAAGGCGAGCGCGGCCCAGCUGCGGAUACAGAAGGACAUCAACGAGCUGAACCUGCCUAAGACGUGUGAGAUUGUGUUCCCUGACCAAGACGACCUGCUCACCUUCAAGCUCAUCAUCUCCCCGGACGAGGGUUUCUAUAAAGGUGGUAAAUUUGUCUUCAGUUUUAAGGUGGGACAGGGAUACCCUCACGACCCUCCGAAAGUUAAAUGUGAAACGAUGGUCUAUCACCCCAACAUUGACCUGGAAGGCAACGUCUGUCUAAAUAUUUUGAGAGAAGACUGGAAGCCCGUGCUGACCAUUAACUCCAUCAUAUACGGACUGCAGUAUCUGUUCCUGGAGCCCAAUCCUGAAGACCCUCUGAACAAAGAGGCAGCGGAGGUGCUGCAGACCAACCGGCGGCUGUUCGAGCAGAACGUCCAGCGCUCGCUGCGCGGAGGAUACGUGGGAGCCACCUACUUCGAGCGCUGCCUCAAAUAGUCCACGCCGCCGGCCCUCACAUCCCAGAAUGCAUUUAUCGUUUACAUGCGCUGAGACGCACUGACCGACACACUGACCGCACACAGGAGAGGAGGAGGGCCGGUCAGUGAUUGUUGCUCAGAGAAUUCAGCCCUAUUUUGCCACUAUGCUGGUACCCACUGUUUAUUUUUGCUGAGAUUCACCUGCUAACUUCUCCUCCCACUCACAGAGAGUAAGACAGACACAUUCAGAUCAUUACACUUCAGGACGGAAUUCGUUUGGGCUUCGGCUACGCUGACCUGCCUCGAGUCGCACGUAUUCAAGUAGUCACUCAUUUUUACCUUUGCCUUCGACCAAUUCUGAUCGACCAGUGCUGACAAAUUGUUACCCGCUGAAGCUAGAGAGCGGCUCUGGAGAUGGUCAGGAUCCGUCUGCUCAUUGGGCUGUUGGGAGCUUGGGACACGUACAUGUUUUGCUGUAGUUUUCCUGGUUGGGAAUGGGUGGGAUGGGAUUUCCCUGAGGAGGAUCGUCGUAGGGUUAGGAAGGGUUGCGUACAAUGUUAGAGUUCUGUUGUGUAUAUUGAAAAAUCCCAGUUGUUCAUGAUGACUGCAAUAUGAAUUAUGUUAAAUAAAAUAUUGACUUGAAUGCCUACAUUUUAAGAUGAGUGUAAACUACAACAGCAGAUUGUCUUUAAAGAAACAGCAACAAUAAAAUGUUUUAUCUGA